AUACUACUUUUACUGUCACGAUAGUAUUGUGCAUGGACUAGCCCAUAAUACCAUCAGAUCGUUUAUGGGUUUAAAACACUCUGGUUAAAAGUUGAGUGAACGCGGUACGGCUUUCGCGUUUUACAGGUGUUCGUAAAUGAAACUAGAUGUAAUAAAAUGAUUUAAAGUGUUUAUGUGACUAUGUCUUUUGUGUGUUUUCAAUCUCUCAAUCAAACUGGAAGAGUUGACCAUUCACCCCGAUUUCUAUACAAACAUAAAACUUUUUAGUGACGAAAUUAAAAGUAAAAAACUAGAUUAUUAUGGAAAAAUAUCGGGCGAGCUCCAUACGUCCGAUGGGGCAAUGUAUGUCUCGUAAGGCCGCUGGGGCCUUUGCAGCGUCAGCAGCGGUAUCUCAAAAUAGACCGACAAAAAUGCAGAAACAUCAGAAAAUACAGAGUCCAGAUGAUGAAAACAACAAACCCCGCUCCCCCUUAAUCGAAACCGAUAGUAACAAACAGCACCAUCAGCAACGUUUGGUACAAACAACAAACGUCGUCGCGACAGCGCCAACUACUAAAGGUGUUGCGAUGUCAUUUGGUUUUAGACGUCGCCAAACAGCUCCGUCGAUUGCUGCUAAUGCUACAGCUGCGCGUCGAUUGGCAAAUAACGCUGUUGAAACGACUAAUGCUAUUUCGGAUUCUUUUGAUAAAAACGGCAACGACUCCAGAGAUACUGACGCUUUAACUGAAAACGCUGCUCCGACUGGACGAUCUACGCCGAGACUUGCGCCUCCAAAAAAAGAAGCUAAUGCUACCAAAAUAUCUAGAUUUGGAUUCAGGCAUACCCAAUCGUCGAGAUUGAACAAAGUAGGAGAUGUAAAUAGUACUGGUGAAGUAACAAAUCAAAAUAAGAACAAUAACUUCGUUAAGAAACCGAUAGCUCUUACUCGAACAGUACUACCUACUGACAAUAAUAACAGGAAUAGAAUGUACAAAGUAGAACCUCCACCAUCACAGAUCGGUAGAUUUACCUUACAGUCAAACCAAUUACCAAGACCUGAACCCAUUAGAUUAAUAGAAACUAAAACAGCGAAAACAGUAGCAAACAACAACAAACGUGUAGCAGGGAUGUAUCAGCAUCAUCCCGAAGAAACGUCUUCCAAAGACGGCUCUCUUACCGAAGAUUCUGGUGUUGGAAGCCAUUUUAGUAGUUAUGUAGGAGAAAACGAUGUCGUAUUGAGAGGAUUGGACCACUUGGAUGCAUCUCCUACUUUUGGGGUUAGAAGAAGGCGAAAUAGUCAUCACAAACCUCGAACAUUAGAAGUAGUUCCUACUGGUACAAACAGAUUCGAUGUACGAGAUUUGGAGGAUUCAAAUGAUAGCUGCGACAGUGCUUCUGCUCCUCCGUUACCUCAGUUGCCAAGUGCUUUCCAUUCCACACCUGAAUGUAAAAAGAACUCAUAUCAUACAUCAGGGAUGGUUAGAGAACGUACUGUAGAAUACCAACGCUACUUAGAAAGAAAUAGUCGUGUAAGGAAAAUAUCGAAAACUUCAUCAGAAGGAUUUAGUGAUGAUUAUGGAGAGGAAGAAAAGACUUAUCGAGAUUUAUUUAGGAGUGAGAAAACAUUUGUAAAACCUUCAGGACUGCAGCCUAGUUUCUUAAAAUCUAGAACCAAUAAGUUAAAAGAUGAUUCCAGUCCUCCUAGCUCAGAUGAACAAGAAUGGGCACAUGGAGGUGAAGCAAUGGCUGAUGAUGUUAGUUUUUCACUUAGUUCGAGCGAUGAGAGCAAAGAUAAGAAUUAUGAAGAUCCACCUGUACAACAAAUACCAAUAUCUACAGCUGUAAUUGGAUCAGCAUUACAGAGUCUUAUGACUAGUGCUUUGUCCAAAUCAUUUACGGCAACUGCUUCUAAAGAAGUUAAAAACGUUAUGUUAACUAUUGAAGAUCCCAAGUUUGCUGCUGUUGCUAACAAUACUGGAUCUUUGUUGGAUGAUGAAACUUUGUUGUCUCCUCUGGAUAGUGUAUUGAGCUGUUCAGAAUCCGAAGAAAUUAGAAGGAAAUUAAAUCGCAGUUCAUCUAACUCCAAAGAUAUUAAUGAAAAACCAACACCUCCUACUCCUGGUACUCCAACAAAUGCUUCAAAUUCUCUGUCUAUAUCGGAUGACAACGAUAAUUUGAACCAUAGUGGUAAAGACGACUUCCUUAUUGAUGAUGAAAUAGCUGAUCAACCUGCUCUGAUAUUCGAAGAUUGCACUAAUCCCGUAACUAAUGACAAUAGUUCAGAAACUAUGAUGGAAAGUACUCCCAAACCUAGAAGAAGGAUUUCCUCUGGUGUAGAAAGCAGUCCAAUGAGCACAAGAAACAAAAAAUUUUCAUACAACCGAACUGGGUCUCUUGAUACACUAAGUCCUUGUGAAAGUAUUGCUAGCGAUGAUUUGAUGAUGGAUUUUUGUUACAGCCAAAGUAGUGGAUUGGAUGAUUGUGAACUACAAAAUAGCGGAUAUCCAUCAUUAAAUGACACUCUAACGCAACAACAUCAAGAUACAACAGAAAUUCAAAAGGAAAACAGGGAUUGGAAUUCCAUCUCGGAAAGUUAUACGUUACAUAGGGGAUCAGAAAAGCACAAUAAGGGCAGUACCACUACCUCAAGAUCUCGCCUUCUUUCAUCAAGAGUAAGUACUCCCAAUUCCAUUGUAGAUUCCCCGAAGUCCAUAGCUCGUGUAACACGUCCAUCGGCAACUAGUAGCCCAGUUCGCUACAACAGAGUUGCUAAUCUUUCAUCAACAUGCGGUUAUGAUUCAGAUGAGAGUAUCCGUCUGGAUCGUGCCAGUCGUACAGCAGUCAAACAGGAUAUCGUCGUGAUUAAGACUUUGUUGUUAAAACUUAGGAGAGCUCUAAACGAGACAGUAGAAGAGGAAUUGUUGAGGUCAGAAACUCACAACCCAUUCGAAAGUCAGCACUUGACGAAUGGGAUCUUCAAUAGUCUGUGUGCGGACAACGACGCAAGCGCAAGCGAUGAUGGUGGUCACAAUGACUCUAAACAGGUGAUGUUAGAACUAGCGGAAUUGCGGAGACAAGUACUGUUUCUUCAAGGACAACUAGAAGAUAGAGAAAAAACUGUACAAAAUCUUCAGCAACAGAUGUUGCGGCUCGCAGAAGAUAAUUACCAUGCUAAUUCGGCACCAGCUUCUACCACAUGUGAAAGUCAAACAUGUAACGCAGCUACACAAACAGAAAGGAUUCGACCAAUUUCGGCGGGUCCUUCGCUUCUUAAUGGAUCACCAGUCGAUGGUAGCGCUGGGUCCUUAGUCAGCUUCAGAAUCGGGAAGGUAGUAUUAGCUGAUAUGAUUCUCGGCAUUAUAAUUUUGUGUAGUUUUAAUUUGUUCUGUUUGUUACAUCUGUUAUAUUCGUGUACGGCAGUGUAAAUAUGUUGCGGUUAUAAGUUUUUUGAAAAAUCAAAUUCAAUUAAAAUCGAAAAGAGUAUUAUUUGUCCAUAUUGUAUAUAUGUUAUUAAUGUCCAACCAUGAAAAAUAUAAUGAGAUAUUGAACACACUAUUCACUAUCACUUCACCGAUACUCAAAAUUUCGAUAACCAACUUAUCAUUUCCAGAGUAAAACUUACCUUUCAUUGGGUGUGUAGUGUGUACAUUUUCAAAUUGCAAAAAUUUCACGUUAAAAUAUUCCAUUUGAAAAAUAGUUGGUGCCCAAUCUUGAAAACAGUACUCUAAAUAAAAAUUUUUUAUAUACGUCACUGACUUCUAUGUAAAAAUAUCUAUUAUAACUAACUUUUAUUUUUUUCCUAUUUUAUAUGGGACCUGAAAAUUACUUAUAUCUCCAAAAGUGAACAUUUUUAUUUUUGCCUUGUAUUUCAGGAACAAAAGUAGUUGGAAUAUUUCUGUUUGUGGCUUUAAUAGUUUAAAAAAAAGAGAUACAGGGUCGAAAAACCCGCAUGUUUAUAUCUUCAAUAAAAGCUGAGAUACAGUGCAGUCUCAAUCAAAGUGGGACACAGUGUACAUCUUAUUUUUAGAAUGUCAUACACACUGCCACCCAAAGGAUCCUUUUCUUGCUGUGGUACUGGAGAGGCUCAGUAUUCUCAGCUGAUCUUUCAGAAAUUUCAGUAUUUGGGAUCUUCAUAUUUUAUUUAAUAUACUCCCAGGUGUAAUGCUAUGGUCUGUGUAUACCAGUACUUGUGUUUUCCUUGUUUUUAGCGUCCCUUAUUCUGGUCAAACCAAUUUUACGUACUAUCCAUAUUGAACAGCUUACUGCUUAACGGAUCUCUCUGUUUUAAUCCUGUGUUUAUCUAGAAACAUUUUGAUAUUGUUUGGUUUGCCUUUAUCUUUGUUUCUAUAUGUUCGAUUUUCAUUUUGUUUAGUAUACAACUUGAAAAUAGUGAAUACUAAGCCUCAAAGAGAAUGUAGAUAAAGGUUUUGACAUCUACAUAGCAGAAUUUGCACUUUGUAUCUUCUGCUAAAUCUUCUCCAAGUGUCCAUUGAGGCGGCAUUACCCCUAAAAAAUUCGUAGUGUUCUUACGUUCAAUAAAUCUUUGGUUAUAGGUUCCCAAUAAUAUCUUUGCCUGUCUCCCCCUGUUAAUUGUUGUUUAACUGAAUUUUUCCCUAUCUUCCAUUUCUGGUGUUUGCUCUAUUGCCUUGUAGCCGAUUCCACAAAAAGGUUCAGUUUCUGUGAUGGGUUUAUCCUCCCCUACUUUAGCUUGUGUUUUCCAUAUUCCAUUUCCUUCCACUCCAGAAGAAAGAUAGAGCCAAAAAUGAGUUAACGCUAGACAAAUAAUAUUCUUCGUGUUACUGUUUUAAUAUCUAAUGUAUGUUUUUUGGUAGAGAUUUUACGAACAAGCUUUUUUAAUUUAUAUGAAUAUAGUUUUUUUAAAUAAAAUAUUGAAUUUUUGUAUUAAAUCACUUAGAACCUUUUUUUUAUUUUUGUCUGUUGUCACAGUACUUUAAGAAACUCCAGGUACUCUAGGAUAGGUCAAAUAAAUUAAAAUUAUAGUCCUGACAUAUUUGAACGUCUUCCUAAUUGUAGGUAACUACUUCUUGGUACUGUAUGUUCCAAUAUGCCUUGAAUUCAUUAAUUUGGGAAUUAAAUCAUUCAAACAUAUUUACUUUUCAUUUUUAUUAAAAUUAUUUUUCCUUAGUAAUAUUUUUCAUGUUUAAACGAUUAUUGUUAUUUCUCAAAACAAUUAUUUUGUGCCAUUUGACCUACUUUUUUCAGAAUUCAUAACCUCUGGAGAGAGAUAGCGAAAAUCACAGAAUAAUUUGGUAUCUACAACACAAGAUCUUUUUAUUUUUCUCCAAAUUGUUUAUUUAAAUUUUUUUACUUUAAAUUUUUUGUUAAACUGUUUUUCAAUUGAGUAACAAUAGUUUUUUUAUCACAGAAAGAAUAAUAUGGUAUUAAUAUCACAAGAUCUCUUUAGUUUUCUCCAAAUUAAUCAUAAACUUUCUUACUUUUCAUUUUGUUAAAUUUACUUUAGUUUGUGAAAAAAUGAGAAAUAUCUAGACAAAUAACUAAUAUACUGUGAAAUUGUUGAUAAUUAGUGCAGCACAGAUUCAUUUUUAAUAUGUUUCCACUUCAAUGAUAUUGGAAAUUUGUUGUGUGUAUCAAAGAGAAAUAUAAAUCCUCAUGAAUUUUAAUUAAGAGAAAAUAACGAGCAAAAUUAAGAGUAUAAUCAAAGAUAUAGCAUGUACAAUGAACGUUUUUGGAUACAUAUCACUUAAAUAAAAAGAAA